AUGGCCAAGAAAUUUCCACAAGUUAAGCGCUAUGGUCUAGAAGGUGCCGAGUCGACGGUAGUAGCUUUGGACAGGCUGUUCAAAGUUUCUAAUAAGGCCGGAAUAACCGACAUAGUGUUAUGCAUGCCUCACAGAGGUCGCCUAAAUUUGUUAACAGAUUUACUAAAAUUCUCACCGACGAGGCUGUUCCACAAAGUCCGGGGAAAUCCGGAAUUUCCGGAGGAUUUGCCGGCCACUGGAGACGUUUUAUCACAUCUAGGCAAAAAUCCUCUAAAUGUUUCGAUGCUUCAUAACCCUUCUCACCUUGAGGCAGUGAAUCCUGUGGCGAUGGGAAAGGCACGAGCGAAGCAAAUGGAUCUCAUAAAAUCUGAAACAGACUGUGAGCUUGGUGACCGUGUCAUGUGUGUUCAGCUGCAUGGUGAUGCUGCAUUCACCGGUCAAGGAAUAGUGAUGGAAAGCUUCGGUUUAUCGAAUCUUCCACAUUUCACAUCCGGAGGUUCUGUGCACAUAGUGGUCAACAAUCAAUUGGGGUACACGACACCCGCACAGAACGCACGAAGUAGCUGGUAUAGCUCUGACAUAGGAAAAAUGAUCAAUGCGCCUAUUGUUCAUGUUAAUGGUGAUUUUCCGGAGGAGGUAACUCGCGCGGUUGAAGUUGCAUUCGAAUAUCGAAACAAAUUUCGAAAGGAUGUCAUAGUCGACCUAAUAACAUAUCGCCGAUGGGGUCAUAACGAGUUGGAUGAACCAGCGUUCACACAACCUUUGAUGUAUAAAAACAUUCGAUCAAGGAAAAGCGUGCCCAAGUUAUAUGAAGAAAAGAUGGCAGCUGAGGAAUUAUUAGCCGAAGAGGAAAUCGCCGAAUUUCGAAAGCAAUAUUUUAAUUCACUAGAUGAACAUUACAAACAGUCGGAUAAUCAUAAGCCCGAGGCGGACAUGUUGCAGAAGAAAUGGAGUGGAAUUGCGAUGCCCAAAGAGACUGUUUCCAAGAUCGACACAGGCAUUCAAAGAGACAUCUUGGAGAAGAUAGGAGCAGCGUCCGCAAUACAUCCACGGCUUCAAAAAUUUCAUGUUCAAGCACGACUUCAGAAAAUCAAGGAAGGAAAGAGAAUUGAUUGGGCUACUGCGGAGGCGCUGGCCCUUGGGUCUUUAUUACUGGAGGGUCAUAACGUCCGCUUAUGCGGCCAGGAUGUGGGACGUGGUACGUUCAGUCAGCGUCACGCGAUGUUUACGUGUCAGGAGUCGGAGCGAGUGAUGAUUCCAUUGAAUGAACUGUCGAAAGACCAAGGAAUGCUUGAGGUUGCCAAUAGCAAUCUCAGUGAACUGGCAGUAGUUGGGUUCGAAUAUGGAAUGUCAUGCGAGUCGCCUAACAAUCUAAACAUAUGGGAAGCUCAAUUUGGUGACUUCUUUAAUGGCGCUCAGGUUAUAAUUGAUACUUAUGUGUCCAGCGGAGAAGUGAAAUGGUUAAGGCAAUCCGGAUUGGUGAUGUUAUUGCCCCAUGGGUAUGAUGGCGCGGGACCAGAGCAUUCCAGUUGCAGAAUUGAAAGGUUUUUGCAGCUUACAAACGACCGAUUUGAUGUGUUGGAUGAAAAAAUGCCCGUUAAUCCCAAUAUGCACAUAGUGAACCCUACCACUCCAGCGCAGUAUUUUCAUGCUUUGAGAAGACAGAUGAAAAGGAAUUUCAGAAAGCCUUUGAUAGUUGCAUCUCCAAAGAUAUUAUUAAGGUCACCCGUUGCGGUAUCGGAUUUUGAAGAAAUGAUGCCAGGCACAACAUUCUUGCCCUUCUCAUUCGUUAAUACGACUAGGGUUGAAAAAGUUAUAUUUGUAUCGGGAAAGAUCUAUUAUGAGCUUGUGAAGGAAAGAACGAAAAGGGGUGUGGAUGAAAAAUGUGCUAUCAUCCGGCUUGAGGAACUAUGCCCAUUUCCAAAACAAGACAUUGAACGGGAAUUAAGGAAAUAUAUCAAUGCUCACGGUUUCAUUCCAACACAAAUGUCCAAUUUCAAUUUUUCACAACCAUCAUUGUUUAACGGCUAUGAAUCCGUGCAAACCUUCAACGUGACACCCGCACUACAUCCUCAUUAUACUCAACAGCCCUAUUAUACGCAGCAACCAUACUACUCCUCGCAACCGUUUAACCAGCAACCUUGCGCCCAACGGCCCUACACCACACAGCACGCGGCACAAGAAUCACGUGAUUACAAUCAAUAUCGACCUAAUACGUAUAACGCGAAUCGAAACCGCCGAACUUUUCGCCGUGGUAACAAUCGACACACUUAUCACCCUCGCGCACAUUCAACAAACCUGCAAUUCACACAAAAUAGAAGAAGAAACUUCCCCAGAAACAGACAACACGUUAGAUAUCGACCUUACCAGAAUUCAUCAAAUCGAUCACGGCAAAACAAUAACCCCGACAUCGUAGUGACCAAUACACAUAAUGUUUCGGAAAAGAUAGAUUUAACAUCAGUGGAAUUUUUCUAUGAAAGAGGGAAACGGGACAAAUAUCAUCAUUCCGACACGAUCAUAUCUUCCUCAGCUCAUCCGGCCGCCACGUUCGAACACCGAUCAGAAAAUCUCUAUAGGAAAAAGCAGAAUGAUUUUUCGAAACCACCUAGGAGAAUGUGUGAGAAUUGCAAGCGCGUUGAGGCCAAAAGGGGAUGGUGCAAUUGUUACAAAACGAUUUUUGAAAAAAGUUACGGUAGCUGGACAAGCGGCUACAAAAAUAUCGAUGAUUUCAUUCACAAAACACAACAAGAGGCAACCAGUAUAUGUGAAUUCUUGGAAUGGAUCCCGUACAACAGACUAAAGAAUAUUGUGUAUGUCAAGAAAGGUGGGUUUGGCACCGUUCACUCGGGAACCUGGUGUGAUGGAAGGAUUCAAAGGUGGGACGGUUAUUCGGGGGAUUGGAUGAGAAGUGGAGAAGAAAAGGUGGCACUGAAGAGCCUGGAGAUUUCAAUGGAGAUUUCUAUGGAAAUUUCUAGUAAAUUUCUGUCCGAGCUAGAGAAAUAUUAUCUUUGUACCAAUAGGGUUUCCCAUGUACUCCGAAGUUUCGGCAUAACCAAAAAUCCUGUGAAUAACGAAUUAUACAUGGUGAUGGAAUGGGCCGAGAACGGGAAUCUCCAAGAGUAUCUACAGAAGAACGGUGGUAAGAUGACCCAACUAAGCAAGUUAAAUAUACUCGACAGCAUAGCGAAGGGACUUGAAACUAUUCACGAUGCAAAGCUGACCCAUGGAGACCUUCACAGCGGAAACAUAUUACUCAACAACAAAGGUUGGGUUCUCAUCGGUGACAUGGGAUUCAGUAAGUGUUAUGAAUAUUGCGAAACCGCCGAAACGAAAGACAGUGUACACGGGGUAAUACCAUAUAUUGCACCCGAAGUCUUGGUUCAAAAACCUUACACGCCAGCAGCAGACAUCUAUAGCUUUGGAAUGCUCAUGUAUGAAAUCUAUCAUGAGCAUCCUCCAUUUCACGGCCGCGAAUACGACAUCCAUUUAAUUAUGGACAUAGUGGACGAUAUAAGACCAGAAUAUAACAGGCGGAUUCAUAAAGGUUAUCUUGGUUUAAUGGCUAAAUGUUGGGCAGGAGAUCCUAUGAAGCGUCCUAAUGCGAAAGAGCGAACAAACGCUGAAGAUUUACCAACAAACUUUAAUACGUAUGAAGUUUAUGGACUAGAUGAAGCAACCGUACUUCAGACGAUUGACAACGAAUUGUUUCAAAGGCUCGAUAAGUUUGAUAUAUCCAUUAAAGCCGAACAUUCAGAUGAGGAUGCGGUGGUACAGCAUACUAAUGGCGAAAGUUCCACUAUGAAAGGUGGUAUUGUGAAGUCGGAAAAUAAGACUCAACAAUCUUGUGAUGAGCUUUACUUUGGUUCAAAUAUGAAUGUAACGGGAAAAACAGUACCUUUGGCGAAACCAUAUCAAGAGCAAAACGACGACGCAACUGUGUCAGAUCAUUCAUCAGACAUGUCCAUGUCGGACAUCGAGGAAGAUAAUUCUGCUUUGAUUGUUCAGUCUCAUGAAAACCAAUCCCAUUUGACCAAGCCAAAUCAGGAGCCCAACUCUUCUAUUCUUGAAGCUAGAUCGUCCUUGUUAAUAAUUAGUGAAGAGUAUGCUGAUGAUGAACAACAACAUAGCGUGUCGGAUCCAAAAAAAAUGGACGUGAGGGAAAUGGAGAGGAGACAGUCUCCUUUUCUUCAAUCAUCUAAAGGCAAUGGCGGUGAAAUUAAAAUAGAAGGUUCAAAUUUUGAAACCGGUCAAACAAGAAAAACUCAUUUGGAUCAUCUUGGAAGCUCUAGCAGCCCAAUAAUUGUUGAUGAUGACGAUGAAAUCGUGAUAGAUUGA